UGGCAUAUUGAUACGUGUCGGCGGGGUGAGCCACGACUCGCGCUACGCUCUGCCAGUCGUGCAUACGCGGCCGCGUUCGUGCGCUUGGAUGAGAGGCUACUUUGCGAGACGGUGUCGAUUCACGGGGAUCCUGUGAGGGAAGGUCACUCGAUCCGCGGUGCUUAGGACAGUCGUGUCGACGGAACGCAGCCAGGAUGGGAUUCAAAUUUCUCGAGGUGAUAAAGCCGUUCUGCAGCAUACUGCCGGAAAUAGCGAAGCCGCAACGGAAGAUCCAGUUCAGAGAAAAAGUACUAUGGACAGCGAUCACGUUGUUUAUCUUCUUAGUAUGCUGUCAGAUUCCACUGUUCGGUAUCAUGUCUUCGGACAGCGCGGAUCCGUUCUACUGGAUUCGCGUGAUACUCGCGUCGAACAGAGGCACCCUCAUGGAAUUGGGCAUCUCGCCGAUCGUUACUUCGGGUCUCAUCAUGCAACUGCUCCACGGCGCGAAGAUUAUCGAGGUCGGCGAUACGCCGAAGGAUAGAGCGUUAUUCAACGGCGCGCAGAAAUUAUUCGGCAUGGUUAUUACCGUCGGACAGGCCAUCGUUUACGUAAUGACCGGGAUGUACGGAGAUCCGACUGAAAUUGGAGCUGGCGUCUGCCUCCUGAUUAUCAUCCAGUUAUUCGUCGCUGGUCUUAUCGUGUUGCUGUUGGACGAGCUUCUCCAGAAGGGAUAUGGAUUGGGAAGUGGAAUCUCUCUCUUCAUCGCCACCAAUAUUUGCGAGACCAUUGUCUGGAAGGCCUUUUCGCCGGCCACGGUCAACACCGGUCGUGGCACAGAAUUUGAAGGAGCCGUAAUCGCGCUGUUCCACUUGCUGGCCACCAGGCAGGACAAAGUCCGAGCCCUCCGAGAAGCUUUCUACAGACAGAAUCUUCCAAAUCUGAUGAACCUCCUCGCCACCAUUCUAGUGUUCGCUAUCGUUAUAUACUUCCAGGGCUUCCGUGUGGAUCUUCCGAUCAAAUCCGCCAGAUAUCGCGGCCAGUACAGCAGCUAUCCGAUCAAACUGUUUUACACCAGCAACAUCCCGAUUAUCCUGCAGUCGGCCUUGGUGUCCAACUUGUACGUCAUCUCUCAGAUGCUGGCCGUCAAGUUCCAAGGGAAUCUUAUAGUGAAUCUGCUGGGCGUGUGGUCGGACGUGGGUGGCGGAGGGCCCGCGAGAUCGUAUCCGGUGGGCGGAUUAUGUUAUUACCUAUCACCUCCAGAAUCGGUCGGCCACAUCGUUCAGGAUCCUGUCCACGCCGUACUCUACAUUCUCUUCAUGCUCGGCUCGUGCGCUUUCUUCUCCAAGACGUGGAUCGAGGUCUCCGGAAGUUCGGCAAAGGACGUUGCUAAACAACUGAGAGAGCAGCAGAUGGUGAUGCGGGGCCACAGAGAUAAUUCCAUGAUCCGCGAAUUAAAUCGAUAUAUUCCGACCGCCGCGGCGUUCGGCGGACUGUGUAUCGGGGCUCUCUCCGUACUGGCGGACUUCUUGGGCGCGAUCGGUUCCGGUACCGGUAUCUUGCUCGCUGUCACAAUCAUAUACCAAUACUUCGAGAUCUUUGUGAAGGAGCAAAGUGAAAUGGGUGGCAUGAGCACGUUACUCUUCUAAACUUAAUUCACCUAUAGACUUGAAAAGUGAACUUUUUUAAUUCUGAAGAACUGAGUAAUAAUUUAUUGUAAAGUAAGAGAGUCGGAUUGGCAGCUGCGUGUUCCUGUCGAAAGCUCAUAGAAAUGAUAAGACGAACACCAGCGCCAGAACGAAAGUUCCCCGUUGUUAUACAUAAAGUCGCACAUAUUUAACUUACCAUUGGUAUAUAUUGUUGAUUCUCUGCUCAAAAGAUUAUACUGUCGAUGACAUUUCUUAAAAUAAAAAAAAAACAAAGUCUAUAUGUGCUUCUUUUACACAGAAUAUACUAACGUGACCAUUGACACACGCAAUAUAUAUACUUUGAAAUCUAUUUCCGGAGGCAACACUGUUUUUACAUUGUAUUCGCGAGAUCUUUGUUCAUGCGUUACCGCGAAAAAGAACGUGCCCUUUAUUUUUUACAUUAAACGUUAUCGAUUCUACGCUGUGUCAAACGGGUACACGAAGCACCAACUGAUAGAGGCAAGAUACUCUGACGGAGCGUAGAGAGAAAGAAAGAGAGAGAGUAUGUAAGAACACACGAAUGUAACAAUUUAUUGCUCGAAAAAACGCAAGCACGGAAGGUGCCCCCUCGCGCGCACCGCCGUGCUUGCGCGCGAGGAUGUAAUAAUCUUUCGUACAACGAGCAGCGCGUGUACAUAGUGAGAAAGUAAUUGAAUAUUUUCAACAUUUUUUACUAGCGUUUUUUGGGCUCUGUGAUUUUGACGCAGGGACAGAGCCGCGUGAAGACUCAAUGGCGUACAAGUGAGAUCGCGACAUUUAUAUAUAAUGAAUUGAACCGAUUUUGCAUAUUACGAUUAUACGAAAUAAUCAUUUCCGUUUAGGACGAGACACCCACCUAGGGUAAUUUCGUGCAGCAAUUCGAACAGCGUUCGUUUCUCAUCUUAGGUAUCCAUCCAUUCCUGUAUCGAUAAUAAUACGAAGUUAAUUAAUAUUUUUGUUUCUUAUAAUAUUAUUGUAUUUAGGAGAGAGAGUGUGCUUUUAUAAAUAUUGGAACACAUGUAUAUUUUUCUUUUCGUCUUCCUUGUUUCAUUCCUCAACAUCGGUUUUUCAUCGCACUUCGCUAUGCAUAAUCUCUCAUUACACGAUUCACGAUACUUUCCAAGAACAAAUUUCUAUCCAUAUUAAUUGAGGGUUAUAACGGCCGAUUAUAUCAUAAAAAGAAGGAUCCGUGUAUUAUGUAAUAUGUUACAUACUUAAAGCAGAAUGUAUACAAGAAACUAGUAAAGAUUACUUCCUAUUUUA